AUGCCUGAAGCCAUGGCACAGAGGAAGCUGGUGAAAGAGGGAAAGUACAGCAUGGUGAAGUGGUGGCAGUGGAAUUGGACUGAUGCCCAACAGCUGUCGGGGCUCGCGGUACGGGUGCUGUCUCAGCCCGUGUCAGCCUCACCUUGUGAGCGUGGAUGGUCAACUUGGGAUUCCGUCCACACCGCACGCCAAAACAGGCUCGGAUCCGCCAAGUGUAGGGACUUGAUCUAUGUUGCGCACAAGUGGAAUGUUGUGCGCUACUGGCACACGCGCGCCGAUUUCUUGCCACAUGUGGUGCCCGGGAUUGGAGCGGAGCCUCCAAUCACGGCGGGGUACAAAGGGCUGGAAGAUGAGACGAAGAGAGAGGAUGAGGAGGAAGGCGAAGACGACAUCCUCCAAGACGAGUACGACAACUAG